AUGGAGAGCCUCACUGAGGAGACAGCCUUUGGGCAGAGGUGUGAAAGAGCCGGAGCCGCCGUGGCCCCCAGCGUGGCGGAGGCGGCCGGAGCCCCCGCUGCGGUGGGCGUGCCCCCUCCCGCGGCAGGGGGCGGCGAGGGCCCGUUUGCCUGCCCGCUGUGCUGGAAGGUCUUCAAGAAGCCCAGCCACCUCCACCAGCACCAGAUUAUCCACACCGGUGAGAAGCCCUUCUCCUGCUCCGUGUGCAGCAAGAGCUUCAACCGCAGGGAGAGCCUCAAGCGCCACGUGAAGACGCACUCGGCCGACCUCUUGCGCCUGCCGUGCGGCGUCUGCGGGAAGGCCUUCCGCGACGCCGCCUACCUGCUCAAGCACCAGGCGGCCCACGCGGGCGCUGGCGCGGCAGGACCCCGGCCCGUGUACCCCUGCGACCUGUGUGGCAAGUCGUACUCUGCGCCCCAGAGCCUGCUCCGCCACAAGGCGGCGCACGCCCCGCCCGCCCCCGCCCCUGACGCGCCCAAGGACGCGGCGGCCGCGGUCGCGCAGCCCCCGCCAGCCUUCCCUGCAGGCCCCUACCUCCUGCCCCCGGACCCUCCGGCCACGGACAGCGAGAAGGCCGCGGCGGCCGCGGCGGCCGUGGUGUACGGCGCCGUGCCCGUCCCGCUCUUGGGGGCGCACCCGCUGCUGCUCGGCGGGGCUGGCACCAGCGCGGCGGGCGGCGCGGGCGCCAGCGUCCCCGGAAAGACUUUCUGCUGCGGCAUCUGCGGGCGGGGCUUCGGGCGACGCGAGACUCUGAAGCGCCACGAGCGCAUCCACACCGGCGAGAAGCCCCACCAGUGUCCCGUGUGCGGGAAGCGCUUCCGGGAGUCCUUCCACCUGAGCAAGCACCACGUGGUGCACACCCGCGAGCGGCCCUACAAGUGCGAGCUGUGCGGCAAGGUCUUCGGCUACCCGCAGAGCCUCACCCGCCACCGCCAGGUGCACCGCCUCCAACUGCCCUGCGCCCUGGCUGGGGCUGCGGGCCUCCCGGCCACGCAGGGUGCGCCCGGGGCCUGUGGGCCGGGCGCCUCGGCCGCCUCUGCCGGGGCGGCGGAUGCCCUGAGCUAUGCCUGCUCGGACUGCGGCGAACACUUCCCGGAUCUCUUCCACGUGAUGAGCCACAAGGAGGCCCACAUGGCGGAGAAGCCGUAUGGCUGCGAUGCCUGCGGCAAGACCUUCGGCUUCAUCGAGAAUCUCAUGUGGCACAAGCUGGUCCACCAGGCUGCCCCCGAGCGCCUGCUCCCGCCCACGCCCGGGGGUCCUCAGCCCCCGGACGGCUCCGGCAGCGCCGACGCGGCCAGCGUGCUGGACAACGGGCUGGCGGGAGAGGUGGGGGCGGCCGUGGCUGCCCUGGCGGGGGUGUCCGGGGGUGACGACGCCAGCGGGACGGCGGUGGCGGGGGGCGGCGGGGGUGCCAGCUCGGGCCCUGAGCGCUUCAGCUGCGCCACGUGUGGCCAGAGCUUCAAACACUUCCUGGGCCUGGUGACUCACAAGUACGUGCACCUGGUGCGGCGGACCCUAGGCUGUGGCCUCUGCGGCCAGAGCUUCGCCGGUGCCUACGACCUGCUCCUGCACCGCCGCAGCCACCGGCAGAAGCGGGGCUUCCGCUGCCCGGUGUGCGGCAAGCGCUUCUGGGAGGCGGCCCUGCUGAUGCGCCACCAGCGCUGCCACACGGAGCAGCGGCCCUACCGGUGCGGCGUGUGUGGCCGAGGCUUCCUGCGCUCCUGGUACCUGCGGCAGCACCGCGUGGUGCACACCGGCGAGCGCGCCUUCAAGUGCGGCGUGUGCGCCAAGCGCUUCGCACAGUCGUCCAGCCUGGCGGAGCACCGGCGGCUGCACGCCGUGGCCCGGCCCCAGCGCUGUGGCGCCUGCGGCAAGACCUUCCGCUACCGCUCCAACCUGCUGGAGCACCAGCGGCUGCACCUGGGGGAGCGCGCCUACCGCUGCGAGCACUGCGGGAAGGGCUUCUUCUACCUGAGCUCGGUGCUGCGCCACCAGCGCGCCCACGAGCCGCCGCGGCCCGAGCUCCGCUGCCCUGCCUGCCUCAAGGCCUUCAAGGACCCCGGCUACUUCCGUAAGCACCUGGCGGCGCACCAGGGCGGACGGCCCUUCCGCUGCUCCUCCUGUGGGGAGGGCUUCGCCAACACCUAUGGCCUCAAGAAACACCGCCUGGCGCACAAAGCCGAGGGCCUCGGGGGACCUGGGGCAGGGGCGGGCGCCUUGGCCGGAAAGGAUGCCUGACCAGGAGGGGGUUCCCAUCCGCCACUCCAAUCAGAUGUCCCCUCCCAACCCCUCCCUUCCUUCUCUCCAGUUGCUGAUCAGACUCUUAACCCCUCCUCGCUGUUGCCCAGCCAUCCUUCAGAACUUCGGACAGACUAGCCUCCUUGAAGGCUCAUGCCGCACAGACUCCGGUCCCGGACGUCUCUGGCCCUCCCCUCAGCCCGUCAGACACUGAACUUGACCCUCCGUCCAACUCCGUUUUGUAACCUUCAUCAGCGCCCCCUCCCCCAGCAGCAUUCUGUCCCCCGAUAAGCUUUGGUGGAGGAUGUGGGUCUGAACUGCCCCU